AUGAUAUGGGAUGUAGAAAGAGAUAGCUUUGUCUACAAGAUUCAGGUGAAGGACAAGCCUUUAACACGAAGAGGACUCUUAAGUGUUGUUUCUUCUGUCUACGACCCUUUGGGAUAUGCUAGCCCAUUUGCACUGAGAGGGAAGUUGAUUCUUCAGGAGUUGACCCGGAAGAAGCUGAACUGGGAUGAGCCUAUCCCUGACAGUGAUGCAAAGAAAUGGAAGGCUUGGAUUGAGGAACUUCCACAGAUGGAAGGAGUUGAAGUCAGUAGAUGUGUCAAGCCCCACGACUUUGGCAGGGUAACUGAUUACGAGAUCCACAACUUCUCUGAUGCAUCUGAAGUAGCCUACGGGGCUGUAUCAUAUCUAGUGAUGAAGAAUGAGGAAGGAGAGGUGCAUAGCAGUAUCAUCAUGGCCAAGUCACGCCUUGCUCCAGUAAAGACCGUUACCAUACCUCGACUAGAAUUGAUGGCAGCUACACUUGCUGUGAAUAUGGAUGUCGUGAUAAGAGGAGAGCUAUACCGGUCUGUGAAGAAAUCAUACUUUUGGACUGACAGUAUGAUAGUGUUGCACUACAUAAAGAAUGAACAUAGAAGGUUCCGUGUCUUUGUGUCAAACAGGGUGGCUAUGAUACACAAUGCCACAGAGAUAGACCAAUGGAGACAUGUUGGCACAACGGAGAAUCCGGCGGACAUCGUAUCCAGAGGCAUGUCACCGUCUAAUCUGAAAGAUGAGGAGAAGUGGUUUGUGGGACCAGCCUUUCUACAACAGCCGGAGGAGAGAUGGCCCACAUGUCCCAUAGAGAAGGAUGGGAUCAGAGAGGACGAUCCAGAGGUGAAGCCUGUAGUCCAGAUCUUUGCUACAAGUGAGGGCAAGAAGUGCAUCGACCAGCUCUUCAUGCACUAUUCUUCCUGGACGAGACUACGCAGAGCGGUAGCUUCGUGGCUGAGGUUAAAGGAAACCCUUAGAAGGAAUGUAAAGAACUGUACUCCAGUUAAAGAAUUGAGCAGACACUUGACAGUGGAGGACUUGAACUAUGCUGAAAAUUCCAUCUUUCAGCAUAUUCAGACCGAGUCGUUCGAUGAGGAGAUGACAACCUUAAGGGAGAGAGUUAGAGAUCCACAGGGACGAGAGAGACCUGUGAAGAAGGGGUCGAGGCUUGCAAGGUUGGAUCCUGUUUUGCAAGAUGGUCUACUGAGGGUAGGAGGCAGGCUUGGACGAGCACAUAUCCCAGACACUGCAAAGCAUCAGGUGAUACUGCCUAGAAGGCAUCAUGUGUCAGCACUGUUGGUAUGGCACAUACACGAGAAGGUUGGACAUCAAGGCCAAAAUCAUGUUUUGGCAGAACUCAAGCAGUACUACUGGAUUCUGGGAGCUGGGGUCCUGGUGAGAGGCUUGUUAAGCAAGUGUGUAACUUGUCGUCGCUACCAGGCCAAGGUCGGCAAGCAGAAGAUGGCUGAUCUACCUGCCUUCCGAGUAGUAGCUGAUGAGCCAGCAUUUACACAUGUGGGGAUGGACUACUUCGGUCCUUAUGAGAUCAAGUGUGGGCGCUCUGUAAGAAAGAGAUACGGCGUGAUAUUCACAUGCAUGACAACUAGAGCUAUCCACAUCGAGGUUGCCAAUUCUUUAGACACCAGCUCAUGCAUUGAUGCCAUCAGACGCAUGAUGAGCAGGAGAGGACCAAUAAAGAGGUUGGUCUCGGACAAUGGCACCAAUUUGGUAGGCGCUAAAGCUGAGCUGAGGAAGGCACUGAGUGAUUGGAACGUUGAUGAAAUCUCAAACUUCACGGCUAAUCACAGUAUAGAUUGGAGUUUCAACCCGCCAGGGGCCUCACAUCAUGGCGGUGUGUGGGAGAGACAGAUAAGAACGAUCAGGAAAGUACUGCAUGCUCUUCUCAACGAGCAGUAUUUAAGGACAUGUCAGUCGGAGGAGCAGCUUCACACUCUGAUGUGCGAGGUAGAGGCAAUCAUCAACAGCAGGCCUCUUACUCGUGUCUCUGAUGAUCCUGGAGAUCUGGAAGUCAUCACGCCCAGCAGUCUGCUACACAUGAAGCAGACCUCAGCACCACCUCCGAGUAAGUCCACUGAGGGAGAUGUCUUCGCCAGGAGACGUUGGAGGCAGAUGCAGUACCUGGCUGAUCUCUUUUGGAAGAGGUGGAUUAGGGAGUAUCUACCUAGUCUACAGCAACGUCAGCGGUGGCAGCAGCCUGAACGCAAUCUUCAGGUUGGUGACGUGGUUCUCAUCGCAGACGGAACUGUGCCGAGGUGUUGCUGGCUGAUGGGACGCAUUUUAGAAGUGUACCCUGGUAAGCGGGGAUAUGUACGUAGCGUGAAGGUUAAGACUGCAACGUCGACACUCGUCAGACCCAUCGCGAAGCUUUGUUUACUUCUCGAGCAAGAGGAAUCGCGAUAGACGACUUCGAGAAGUUAGCCAUUUUAUUUGUUGUUUUUAGAGCUGAUACAAAAUAAUUCCAGUUCAAUUCAAGAUAGGGAUUACUUUAGGUAGCGUUGAGCAAGAAACAUUCAACUUCUGUGGACACAGCAUCUAGUUUAGGGAGCAUUGAGCAUGAAACAUUCAACUUCUGUGGACACAGCAUCUAGUUUCGCAUAAAUGGAUUCGGUUUAGAUUCGCUUCAACAAGAAGAGACUUUACUACAGUGAUAUUAUACAGAUAGAUGUGUUUCGUAGUGACUUGCUGAAAUGUUUAAUUGAAUUGAAGCAUAACUCAUUUCUAGUUAGAAUUCAGUUUCUAAAGAUAGUAUUCUGAUGGUAAUACAAUAGUUUGUAAUCAGAAGAUAAGGAAAGAAAUACAGGUAGUAUGUCCUUAUUGUCAUAUUAUUAGUGUUCUGCUAUUCGGUAAGGACAUAUGUUUCCAUAGCAACCACCUUUUUUGGAUUUAAAGGGACUGUAUUUAUUCAGUUAGGAAAUAUGUUUCCAUAGCAACCACCUUUUUUGGAUUUAAAGGGACUGUAUUUAUCGAAGUCUUGAAAAUUUCAAGAGAGUGACAGUUUUGUUAUAGAUGUUGGCAGUGAAAGGUUUGGUAAAUUCAAAGUAUUCGGUUAAUUUAAGGGGCCGGGAUGUUGAUACGAGUUUUUCCCAAUUUGACAUUGUGACGUCGGAAGCGGGGUUUUUAGGUGGAUUCUGCAUUCAGGUCAUAGAGGGCGGGAUUUGAUUCUGUGGAGCUACUGAUUUACGUUACACUGAAUGUUUAUUACACUGAAAAGUCUACUGUAAUUUUGUUUUCCUGAGACAGCCCAAUGUUGUUGAACCACUCAUUGGUAUCAUCGCAAGGGCAUUGUUGUCGAGUCGUCAUUGCAGUUGGGCUUAGUAGUACUCAUAACGUCACCGUUCCUACAAUAACA